GAUGUCAACAAAAGCUCCGUAGUCUAGUAACAACAUCAGUUUGACGAAAUCGUUGCUCCAGACUGCUGACCAGUGGUGUCUGGCCAUCAUUGGCAGCGGUAUUGACAUAGGCUCCCUUUUACAUUCCUUGCAUAUAGUCGCCUUAACUCGGCCUUUUUUCACCGCGAAAUGCAGCACGGCCGUAUAGCCAUCCGAGUUUCGAGCUUCCAAGUUCUCGAUGUCACCAACAUAUGUUUCGUGUUUUAGCAACAAUCGACAUCAGUUCGUCGGCAUCGCUGCUGCUGAUCGAUCUAAGCAGCAGUAUCAGUUUGUCCAAGUCCUGGAUGAAGGCAUAACAUCAGCUCCGUAUUCCAGCAACAACGACAUCCUUUUUCGAGAAACAUCUUAAUAGCCACCUUGUCUGAUCGACGUUCUUUUCACUGCGAAAAGCAGGACGGUAUAGCCAUCCAAGUCUCCAGCUUUCAAGUCGGCACCGACCGAUUUAUAUUCUAUAUAAAUAUGUGCUGGAGAGGGAAUAGUAAGGCUAUAUCUAAUCGCGGACAAAAUCGGAACUUCUAUAUAGGCCGAUGCGAUUAUAUCAUUAUACACGUGUUUUGCAUGGCGCCACUUUCGUUUGCGCACGCAGCGAAUAUUUGAGCGUACAAUUGAUUAUGACAUUACCUGAAUCACCUAUACAAGAUGAGUAACGUUCCUCUCCCCGAGCCGCCCUCCCCCCUCUCCCUCAGUCACUAUAUCGUCCACAGGUAUAUUUGAUUAUAAUAGCACUUGUUUGUGUUUCCCUCUGUAAGCGUUUUGAAAACAAAGAACCAUUUGGCGUCGGCGGAGAUCAGUUCAAUGCUGUCGGUUUCGCUUCGGUCGUAAAAGGUUCUCUAGACGUUAUAAACAGCAUUUGUUUAUUCUUCAUAAGUGUAUUCAUCAAUCUCAAAUAGUUUUUAUUCACAUAAGCUUGCACAACAGUACUGCAGCAGACGAUGUCGCGUCCACCAGGCGGAGGUCCAGGCAGACUCAAAUAUUCUUGCACGUUUCCUGGAUGCAAGAAUGGUUACUACACGUAAAUCAAAGACGCAAACUAUAAAAACAAGAGAUUCCAUGUGUUCCCCUCUGAUCUCUAUUGGCGAGACAUAUGGCAACAAGUCUGCGGAAUUCCUGAAAUUAAUUCCACUGGUAGAUGUACAUUUCACGUUUGCGAGGAUCAUUUUAGCGAAAGUGAUUACGCAAUUGCAGAACGAAUAUCCUUAAGGUGGAACGCUGUACCUUCGUGCGCUGAAUCUACUAGUCAAGAUGUCGUUAUAAACGAAGUCUUUUAUAUAAUGGACAGUACAGGUGAAAAUAGCAAUAGUUCAUCUGGUUCAGCGGACGAUGAAAAUAUGAUGAAAAUCAUUCGCGUUGUGACAUCGAUUGAAAAUGGAGAUCUUCAGCCAGGCGGGAUUGAAUCCAGCAUGCAGCAGGAUGACAUGCGGGUUCAUUCGAAUACGGACGAAGCAGAGAGUGACAAUAUUGCUAGAGUAAAAAGACGAAAAACGAUGGAUAAACAUGAGUCAAGGGAUGCAGAAUCACAACUACGAGACCAACACAGUUGUCUUAUAUUGGAUAUGUUUGACCCCGCCAAAGUGCAAACCCGUGUGAUUAGAAAUCCAUUUGCGAUAAUUACGUAACAAUGUAUAAACGCCAUGUAGCCCCGAUGCCCCACAAUCAUAGCCCCAUGAAAUGAUGCCGACCAAUUGAUUCUCAAUGACUGCUGGGCCACCUGAGUCGCCAUGACAAGUAUCCUCUCCUUUUUUGAACGAGCAAAACAUGUUAUCCGUGAUUACGACUCUUUGAUAUGGAUAAACUUUUUUGUAUUUUGUGUUGCAGUCGGUCGAAUUGAUUACCGGAAGUACGGCGGACUUUAAUGUUUCAGGCUGUGGUUUAUCUUCCUAUAUUUUGACUUUUAAUGUAGUUUCUAUAUGGUCAAAAAUUCAUAAUUACUACAGAA